CUCUCUCACUCUCUCUCUCCUUUAAAACAAAAAAAAGAACAAAAAAAAAACAGUGUGGAACCCGUGUAACCCCACCUAUCACAGAACACAGCUAAUCAAACCCAUUAUAAAAUCCACACUCAUAUUCUCUCCCUUCCACAAAGCAAAAAUCAUAUUCCCUACUUUUGUUUGCAUCAUACACUGAAAACCGUCAAUUUUUUCUCCUUUAUAUUAUAUCCCCAUCUCAACCAACCAACGGUUACUUCCAUCUACAGUAACGGCUAGUUUCUGGUCUCUACCCCUCCCCCCCUCCAUAAUAAUCAUUAAUACUCCUACUAAAGGUUAAAGAUUAAAGAUACAUACAGUCUGUUGCGUUUAUAGAGAGAGAGAAGGAGAAAUAACUCUGAUUUAGAGAGAGAAAGAAGGAGAUGGAUUUCGCAUCUUUCUUGACGUCUCUGGCGACGUCGUUCAUACUAUUCGUGGUUCUGAUGCUGUUAUUCACAUGGCUGUCUAGGAAACCCGGUAACAAGGAGGUGUACUACCCGAACCGGAUACUUAGGGGGUUGGAUCCGUGGGAAGGCGGGUCGGGGAGGACCCGAAACCCGUUUUCUUGGAUCCGGGAGGCACUCUCUUCCUCCGAGCAUGACGUUAUUGCCAUGUCCGGUGUCGACACUGCUGUCUAUUUCGUCUUCCUCUCCACUGUGUUGGGGAUAUUGGUUUUAUCUGGGGUUGUGCUCCUACCAGUUCUUCUGCCAUUGGCUGCCACUGACAAUGUUAUGAAGUCAAGCAACGUCACAAGCAAGGGGACUUUCAAUGACCUUGACAAACUAUCCAUGGGACAUAUUGAAGAAAAGAGUCUGAGGUUGUGGGCAUUCCUGAUAGCAGCCUACUGGGUUUCUUUUGUUGCGUAUUACCUGUUGUGGAAGGCAUACAACCAUGUUUCUGACCUGAGAGCUGCCGCUCUAAUGUCUCCUGAGGUGAGGCCUGAACAAUUUACUAUUCUUGUCCGAGACAUUCCUCCUCCACCUGAAGGUCAAACUAGAAAGGAACAGGUUGAUUCAUACUUCAAAGCAAUCUAUCCAGAUACAUAUUACAAAUCAAUGGUGGUCACAAACAACAAAAAGGUCAACAAGAUUUGGGAAGAUUUGGAGGGGUACAAAAAGAAGCUUGCACACGCUGAAGCUGUAUAUGCUGAGUCAAAGAAAACUGGGAAACCUGAAGGGACUAAACCAACAAAUAAAACUGGUUUCCUUGGUCUUCUUGGUGAAAAAGUAGAUUCCAUAGAGUACUACAAUCAGAAAAUCAACGAAUCGGUGUCAAAAUUAGAAGCUGAACAAAAGGUCACUCUUGGAGAGAAACAGCAAGCCUCAGCUUUGGUAUUCUUCACCAGCAGGGUAGCUGCAGCUUCUGCAGCUCAGAGUCCACAUGCCCGGCUGGUUGACACAUGGACGGUCAUGGAUGCUCCUGAGGCCCGCCAACUGAUAUGGCCUAAUCUUCCAAAAAACUUUUAUGAGCGACAGAUAAGACAGAUUUUGGUCUAUGUUAUUGUCGCAUUGACCAUCUUAUUUUACAUGAUUCCGAUCGGGCUUGUCUCUGCAGUCACAACACUUGCCAAUCUAAAGAAGAUCCUCCCAUUUAUAAAACCCAUUGUUAAUAUUGUUGCAAUUAAGACGGUUUUGGAAGCAUACUUGCCUCAGAUUGCACUCAUCAUCUUUCUGGCUUUGCUGCCAAAGUUUCUGUUGUUUCUAUCAAAGGAAGAAGGCAUUCCUUCGGAGAGUCAUGCGCAAAGGGCUGCCUCAGGAAAGUUCUUCUAUUUUUCGGUGUUUAAUGUUUUUAUUGGAGUUACAGUGGGUGGGACCUUGUUUGAUUCCUUAAAGGACAUCGAGAAGGAUCCAAACUCUGUUGUUGACAUACUAGCAACCAGCCUGCCAGCAAAUGCAACUUUCUUCCUGACCUUUGUGGCCCUUAAGUUCUUUGUUGGCUACGGGCUGGAGCUAUCUCGAUUAGUUCCUUUGAUCAUUUACCAUUUGAAGAGGAAGUACCUUUGCAAAACUGAAGAUGAGCUUAAAGCAGCUUGGACUCCAGGGGAUCUCGGUUUGGCAACUAGGGUACCCAGCGAUCUGCUGGUCAUCACCGUUGUCCUCUGCUACUCUAUCAUAGCUCCUAUCAUUAUUCCAUUUGGCGCGCUGUACUUUGCUAUUGGCUGGCUUGUUCUUCGGAAUCAGGCAAUUAAAGUGUAUGUUCCUUCGUAUGAGAGCUACGGGAAGAUGUGGCCCCACAUACACACUCGCCUCGUAGCUGCUUUGGUGUUGUUCCAAGUCACCAUGUUCGGAUACUUCGGAAUAAAGAAGUUUUACUACACUCCAUUAAUAAUUCCGCUUCCCAUACUGUCCUUGAUCUUUGCCUUCAUUUGUAGCAAGAAAUUCUACCGUUUCUUCCAAGCAACUGCUCUUGAAGUCGCUUGUCGCGAAUUGAAGGAAACUCCAAACAUGGAACAAGUCUUCAGGUCUUACAUUCCACCGAGCUUGAAUGCUGAGAAGGUUGAUGAAGAUCAGUUUGAAGAUGCGGCGUCUCAGGUUUCAAGGUCACAAUCCUUUGUCUGAAAUGUGAAUUUGUAUAUUUCCCUCUGGUUGUGUUUGGUAACUUUGUAGAAUCUGAACUUGGCCUGGUACAUUUAUAUUUGUUGGUAAUUAGCGUUAGGAAGUUACUUUCGUGUGCUUCUGCUGUAACUAUUUGUGUGUGAUUCUGGAAGACUUGAAAUCGUCUUCUGCCUGUUUUCUGUGCUAAAUUGAGUGGAUUGUUCUCAA